AUGACGGAGGAGGUCGUGGAGUACGAGCUGCUAAACCCGGAGUUCCGGGCUUCUACGCAGGGCAGUGUGUUGGCUGGACACGGAAGGCCGGACGGGGAAGAAGAAGGAGGAGAUGCUGUGGCUGCCGGUGUGGUCGGUGCCGGCAGAAGAAGGUCUGCCGCAGACAACACACUGGACGAAGAAAGCCGUGCUGCUGCGGGCACGAGCGCGCAAGCUGAGGCCGACGGAAACACAAUUAUAGAGGUUAGCCAAGAUCAUCCAUCUGCCGCUGAUGAUCAUACCCAUGAAGAUGUCGCCAAAUCCGAAGUACCCGCGCGAAUGAUCGUGCGACCUACGUCGAGCGCAUCGGUGCAUUCUGAAACACGCCGGCCGGACGAGCCUGACAGCAGAAGUGUUGUUACGGUUGAAGAGCAGAGAAGGCUGGAGAAGGAGCGGAAAGCGCUGCGCGCGGAACGCAAGAAAUUGGAGCACGAGCGCCGACUCUUCGAAGAGUCGCGAAAACGCAUGCAGGCCGACCGGUUGGACGCGGAGCUUUACCGACGGCAGGUCGACGAUGACGAAAUGCGGAGUCGGACGAAGAUAGUCGAAGUUGUGGACAGCAAACUACGGGAUGACGACAAGCAACUGCGGGAGGCGGCCGUCGUCGCCAGACUAGGUCUCGGAGCGCUCAGCAACCAGGAGUUCGCUGAUCGCAGCGAACGAGAAGUCAGGAGGAAGGUACAGGUAGUUUUGAUCUGUUCUGUUGUGUACUGGAGAUGGUACUUCUCGGCCUCUACUUGGAUAAGCAAGAGGAUAAAUCAAGAAUCAUGCUUCCAAAACGAAGGUUAAGGAGCUGACGGACCUGGGCACCAACGUGAAAGACAAGUUGUCAAAGUGUUGGGCGGAGCUGCGCAUUGUUGAGCACGACGUGAAGCUGGAAGAGGAGAAAAACGCCAUAUCAGGGCUGAUUGCUAAGGAGCUCCGUGACUUCAAGGAGGACUGGCGAAAAAAGGCGCGCGAGGAGGAGCAAGCGAGUCUGCGCGCACAAACGCUGGAACAAGCGCGACUCGAGUCCGCAUUCCCAGUUUUUGUCGUUGGCGACGGUGACCCGGUCAAGCUGCAACGGGACAACGACGGCUUUCUCGACGAAGACGAGCGCUUCCUUGCUGCAAGUAUGUUUUUUUUAUGCCAACAGCCUUUCAUUGCUUCACCUUUUGCUUGCGACCCUUUCAUUCAACAUCAUUCUGUGCGCAGUUGCCCGCACUAGAACGCAAUGUACUUAUGGAUGCAUGGAGGUUUUAGGAUCAACAUCUUCCGUAGGUCUGCCCGUCGUGGAGGAGAUGAAGCGUGUGGCGCCAGCGUCUGGCCGCAGCAGAGCCGAUCUUCUCAGUAAGCCUGAUCUGAGCCUGAGUCCGGUCUACCAACGCGCUAACUCAGCCAUGAAGAAACAGCCGGAUUGGGAGGUGGACGCAGACGAAGAUGAUGAAAUUGCGUGGAUGUACGAAAAAAACGUCGGCCGGCUGGCGAGGCUAGACCGUUUGCUGUGAUAGGAUGAAUGCGCAUUCGCGAAUCUCCAAUCUGUUGACACGGACAACUUGAAUCGAGCAAGCGACGCACCUAGUGAACACAGAAAAAUUAUGAAAAAAGCCAACUUAAGAAAAGGUCGUUGGAGUCUCGCGGAGCGGUCGGCAGUAUUUGUGCGUGUGUGGAGCAUGCAGUGUCUACCGUGUUCGACUUCGAAGUGUAGUGCAUCUUUUCACUGUUC